AUGCCUGACUUGGAAGGAAAAGUGGCCAUCAUAAUUGGUGCCUCGGCAGGCAUUGGCGAAUGCGCGGCAAAGCAUUUUGCCUCCCUCGGUUGCUGGCUCACUCUGUUUGCGCGGAACGCCGAUAAUCUAGAAAAAGCAGCAAAGGGUUGCUGCGCAUUGGGCCUUCCUCGAGACAAGGUGCUUGUCGUACCCGGAGACAUGGCGGUCGAAGAGGACUGCGAAAAUGUUGUGCAGAAGACAGUGAAUCACUUCGGAAAAAUCGACAUCCUAGGAAAUGUUGCAAAGGCUGCCCUUGGGGGACCGCAGGUUCCACGCUGUUGGCAGGCUGAGGUUCCUGAAGGGGAACUUGCUGCAGUGGCGAUGGUUGCUGUGCAGCUGUCGGCUGCGAUUCCUCACCGGAGGCAGAAGGCAUGA